AUGUCAUUUUAUCGAGACGAGAUUGAUGGACUACGGGCACUUGCAAUUAUUCCAGUCAUUUUAUUUCACACUGGUCACCAUUCGUCUUUCGCUGGAGGUUACAUUGGCGUUGAUGUAUUCUUUGUGAUAAGUGGUUAUCUAAUUACAUCUGUCAUUGAGAACGAACGUGAAAAAGGAAAUUUUUCACUUGUUCAUUUUUAUGAACGACGUUGUCGUCGAAUACUCCCUGCACUAUUUUUUAUUUUACUCAUUAGUAGUAUUUUUGCUUAUUGUUGGAUGUCACCUGAUCAAUUAAAGGACUUUGGACAAACUUUAAUUUCUAUAAUUACUCUUUCAUCAAAUAUAUUCUUUUGGUGGAAACACAAUCGCCGUUUUACAAGAUUAACUGAGUUAAAUCCUCUUGUUCACACAUGGAGUUUAGCUGCUGAAGAACAAUUUUAUUUGGUAUUUCCACACAUUCCUCCGUUUCCCAACUGUUAUACUCUUGUACCCACGUUGGGCGCGACAUUAAUUAUUUUAUUUGGACAGAAGACAUUAGUUGGACAACUACUUUCUCAACGUCUAUUACGUUGGAUAGGUCUCAUUUCUUAUAGUGCUUAUCUUUGGCAUCAACCUUUAAUCAUUUUUAUUCAUCUGCGAUAUCACAAUAUACCGCAAAUAUUACUCAUGUUGAUUGUAGUCUGUAUUGUUUUAGCACUUAGUUGUAUUAGCUAUACCUUCAUUGAACAACCAUUUCGUAAUAAAAAACGUUUUUCUCGAAAACACAUUUUUUUUGCUUCUGGUGUAAGUGCUAUAAUAACACUUAUUCUCGCAUUAUUUCUUAUUCAAACUGCAACUAAUCGAACACUACUACUGAACAAAGAAAAUGAUUCUUAUCUAUCUGAUUUAAUAAAAAAUGGUAAUUAUCAAUACGUUCAACGAGCAUUCAAAGCCUUAAGAGAGGAAAAAAACACAUUUUCAAAUCGAACAUCAACAACAAACAAACGACUGAUGCUGAUUGGUGAUAGUUUUGCACACGACUUUUAUAAUAUUAUUAAUGAAGGAAAGCAUCUGGUCAAUUAUGAUAUUCUUGUGCAUUUUGUUGAUGUACAUUGUCAAAUUUAUUUAGGUUCCGAAGAUCGACAACAAUUUAUUGAAGCAGAGUAUCGUCAAACAUGUGCAAAUGAUUAUGACAUUAAAUAUGCUUUACCACAUAUUCAUCAAGCUGAUGUUAUUAUUUUAUCUAGUUAUUGGCGUAAAUGGGCUGCUGAACGAUUACCAAUGACAUUAAAAUUAUUAAAUUUAACAAAACAGCAACAAAUAUUUGUUAUUGGACUGAAAAAUUUUGGUACAAUUAAUCCAAGAUUAUAUGUUAAUAAAUCAACUCAAUAUAGAUUUAAACAAUAUCAGUAUCCAAAUAUAGACGUUAUCGAAAUCAAUAGAUAUAAUCAGACAUGCCCUCUUUUUACUCGUGAUGGAAAAUUAAUAACAUAUGAUGGAAUGGAUUUGACAAAAUUUGGUGCUAUUUAUGUUGGAAACAUUAUUUUUAACCGUAAACCAUUAAAUAAGUUUAAAGGUUAUGAAAAUUUCAAAUGCUAUUCAAUGGGAACAUCAUCUACUAAGCCAUCUCGAAAUAUAACUAAACCUCAAGGAAUAAAACCUACUGUUGAUUCAUCAUCUUAUAUCUUAGGUAAAAAUACAUCAACUGCCCCUGAGAAAAAUUCCAAUCAACUAGAUAAUAAUUUUGAAUAUAAUCGAUUAAAUUUUAUUCCUGAUUCUAAGAAAUUAUGGGAUUUACCAGUAACAUCACGAGUGCCAAGAACAACGUCAGUGUUGCAAAAAUCUUCUACAAUAUCUAAUUUAUCUGUAUCACCACAAAAACGAUUACAGUAUUUAGAUAAUUCACCUGAUAUGUCAAAUCAACGAAAAUAUAAAUGUGAUCAAUGUGGAAUAGUAUUUCCAUCAGAUGAAGCUUUAUUUAAACAUAAAACAAGAUUUUGUAUUGGUGUUAAAGAUUCUGGUAUCGGACGAAAACCUGUUUAUUCAGAUGAUGAAGAAAUAGAUAAUAAUAGUAGUUAUGAAGAUUAUAAUGAUAAUAAGAAACCAACUAUAAGAAAAGUUAUUCGACACCAAACACCUACGAAAAAAAAAAUAGAAGAAAUUAAUGAAUGGAAAUUACAACGUUCAAUGCGUGAAAUGGUCGAAGAUAUCGAAGAUCAAAUAUUAGAUAAUAAACAAAAAUCACAAAAACUUAUGGAUUAUACGAAAAAACAAGAUGAUAUUUAUCAUGAAAUUCUUGUUGAAUACGAACGAUUACAAAAGCAAGAACAAGAUGUUUUAUGUCAAAUGUAUAAUUUGCAAAUCGAAUCUAAACCAGUGAAAGAUCUUAAUAAUACACUUAAGCAAACGAAUCAAUUAACUGAUAAUCAAAACGAUCGUCUUGAAGAAUUACAACGAAGAAAUCAUCGUCUUGAACAAGAACGUCGAAUUAUUCAACAAAAACUCGAAGAAUUAAUAUCAGCUAAUUAUCAACCAACAAGAAUGUCAAAUUAUGAUCCAUAUAGAGUUUUACGUGAAAUGAAAGAACAACAAGAACUUAAUGAGAAAGCUUUAGACUUUCUACGAGGACUUCAUUUAUCAACUGUCAGCACUACAUCAUCUUUACCAUAUGCUACUAGUCGAUUACGACGAGCAGUUGGUGAUAAUGUCAGAAGUUCUCGAAAUGAUUAUAUGCAUUCCGGUGGUCAUGAUGCAAAUGUUAUCACACGAUAUAGUGAUCUUGAAUAUCAACUAAGUGCCUAUGAACAAUAUCCAUGGACGAAAGAUUAUCCUGAACCAUUACAACAAAUUAAAUAUGAAUCUGAACGUCAAAUUGAUCCAAUAACUGAAGGAUUAAAAUUAGCUAAUCAACAAAAUGAACGACUACAGUAUGAACUUGAAGAAAUGCAUAAGAAGUUUGAUACACUUAGUACACGUACAAGACAAUUAGAAUUAUCAAUGUCACCAAAUGGCAUGCCGAAUUCAUUUGAUAAUUAUGAUCGUUAUUUAUCAUCACAAAAUACUUCAUAUCAACGAACAGCUCGUGAUAAUAACAAUGACCAAUUAAAUCAACAUGAAAAUAAUCAACAAAAAUCAUUAAAUACAUUGGAUAAACGUAUUACACGUGUAAGUCCAGCUCCGCGUAUUUCAACUUCAAAUAUAAAUAAAUAUCGUAAUCCACUUGCUCCUCAUUCAUAUGAUCCAGUUGGUGGUUUUAUUAUAUUUUUUGAUUUUAUUGUUAAUCUUCCUUCAACAAUUCAACAAUGUCGCCUUAUAACAUCUAUUCAUCAUCCUAAAUCUGGACUUGGUGAACCAUCAGAAUUAGAACCAGUGAAAUGUGAAAAAUAUACUGAGGGAAAAUUUGAUGGAUCUACGAAUGUUGCUUUCAUUGCUACUAAACAACCUGUACCAGGAUGUCCACCACAACAAGCAUUAACCAUUGUUAUUGAAGUACAAACAUCAACAAAUAAACAAGCACCACCUGAGGAUUUCGAAACAAAGGCGUGGACAAAAUUGGCAUUAUUUGAUAGUAAAAAUCGCUUAUGUAGUGGUCGAUGGAAAGUACCUUUAAAAGCACUACCAGUUCGUCAAGAUGAUAGUCUUGCUGUUAUUAGUAGAGUUCCAACAUUCGGAGGUGCUGAAUUAUAUUAUAGACUAGUGAACUCACAAGAUGCAAACGAUCAAUCUGAUGCACCAUUGUCACUGAAAUAUCGAGAAAAUUAUAUUUAUCCUGUACAAUAUCGAAAUUGA